AAUAGUAAGCCGGCUGCCCAGAGAUGGAGGCAUAUCUAUGGCUGUUAUAGAAAGAGCCUUAGAGCCACCUCUGGAUUUGCAGAAAUGUGCUUUUUUUGCAGCGAAUGGGUUAUGGGAAAAUACGAGUGGGAGAACCAUUGCCAGGUCCACUUGGACGGCCAUAAACCUCUACCGGCUCAGUGUGACCCGCUCUUCUACGGCGGGACCCUAGCUUCACCUGGCAUAUGCCCCUUCUGUCUGGACGAUGCAACACUUUCAGCUGCUGAACGAAUGCAUCAGUUCUAUGACAAGGCUGAAUGGAGAGAUCAUAUUUCCGACCACUUC